AUGGGUAACAAACAUUCGAGCCAAGAGGAGUACUCGGAGAGGUACACUGACAAAUCUCGCCCAAAGUUAUUAUCGGUCAAGCCGAGGCCACCGAGCUCAUCUAAUGUGCACAAAGUGCAGAAUCGUCUCUCACACGCCGCCGUGGCUGCCGGUCCAAGAGUGCACGGGCCGAAGGGAUUGCCGGGAACAAAGUUACCAAAGGCCACCAAAACACCGCUGAAGGCGUCUAAACAACAGGCCAAGCCCGUCGCUGUCGUUCGACCGAAAGGAUCCUCCACUACCACUAAAAGCUGCCAUUCCUCGAAACUUGAAGAGCGUACACCGCCAUCGGCCAACGACGACUCGAGUCUGCAAGUGAACCAGGAGGCCACGCUGAAGUCUUCGGAAACGGCCAUCCCCUGCGACUAUGAAAACACGGAGGAUCGGCACAACGCUUUUGUCAAAGUCAAGGUAAUGGUGAGGGAGGAAUGGCUGCAUUCCGAAUACCGCAUCAGCGCCCCAAUCCGGCUGAUCCGGCCAUUAGGGUUCGUCGGAAUCGCUGAUUCGGCCAUGUCGUGGCUCCGCCAGGCUAUAAAAUCUGUCCGGCAACGCCGAAAAAAGCAAGAGCGCGAGGGCUCGCCGAAGAGUCAAUACGUGACGAACAUGGAAGCGACGGCCACCGCGCCCUACAUCAACCGGGCAACCUCGCCGUACGCCAACGACAAGGAUGAAAAUCGGCAGAGUGCGGAGUCAAUCGGAUCCAGCGAUAGCCGUUCCAAAUCCAUCGAUGUGAAAGAGGCGACCGAGCCAAAAGAGAAGGACCCGGACAACUCGUCGAGGUCGAAAAGCUUGAGGUCGGUCUCGAAGAAGACGACUCGUCCGACAACGCCGCCGCGCAAGAAGAUGACACCCCAGAAUAGUGGCGUGAAAAUUGGCAAGAAAGAUGCGGCCGGGGAGGACCAGGAGAGCAGUCGGAGUAUGAAGAUUCGGAAGCAAGUGAAGGCGGCCAACGCCGCGCACAAAGACUCGAAACGAGAAAAGAAGCGACCGCCUCCGUUGAAGCCCAUCCAGCCCGUUGCACCCCCGCCACCUAUCGUGCGACCGUCGGCUCAGAAGUUCCCGAAAGCCGAAGACCGGGCCAAGAUGCGGUCGUUGAGCAACGGGAAUAAGAGGGAUUCGACAACGACUCCACCCAAGGUCGAGCUCCAUCGCAAAAAUUCGGCCCCAAUCAUCAACAAGCAUGGGCACCAGCAUCCGUUCUAUCUGCGUCGUGAAGCCGUGCUGUCGAUCAGCAAGGACCUCGAUGAGCUGGAGCGCGAGUGGGAGAAGGCCCGCGACGAGACGGUCCCCCAUCCCGACGACUGCAAGGCGUUCUACGAUCCGAAGAACGUCUCCAAGAAUCGCUACCGGGACAUUCCAUGUCUCGACCGUACGCGCGUCAAACUACGCAACUGGUCCACGGAAUACAUCCAUGCCAACUACGUCAGCACCAAGGGCCACACGCAGCGCUUCAUUUGCACCCAGGGGCCCACCGAUCAUACGAUGGCCGAUUUCUGGCACAUGGUUUGCCAGGAGCGCUCAAAGUUGAUCGUCCAACUGUGCGACUAUUUUGAGGCGGGCAAAGUGAAAUGCGGCGACUACUUCCCCCGGGAACUCGGCCAACGCCUCUCCUACGGACCGUUUGUGGUGGCUUGCCUGGAGAUGUCGUCAUUCGAUUCGGACGACGGCGUCAUCCACCGUCAAUUCAAGGUGACGCGCAUCGUCGGCGAUCGCCACCUGGAGCAUCUGGUGGAGCAUUUGCAUUGGAGCAGCUGGCCCGAUCACGGCAUCCCCAAGAUCGGCAACACGGCCGCCAAUUUACUCGACAAGAUUACAAAGAGCGUGUCACCGGUGAUCGUGCACUGCUCGGCGGGUAUCGGGCGCACUGGGUCAAUCGUCGCGCUGCAGUUGGCCAUCGACCAGGUCGAAGCGGGCGUUCCGCUCGACGGACUCAAGGAUAUAAUCGUGAGCAUUCGACGUCAGCGAGCUGGCGGGGUGCAGACUGAAAAGCAAUAUCUGUGGGUGUGCCGCACGCUGAUCGACCUGUGGUGCGACGACACGAUGAACUCGCAUCGACAAGUGACCCACUUCCGCGCCGACUACGACCAGCGCUUCGCCCUCUGCCACAAUCGCCUCCAAAAA